CUCCACUCUCAUCACACAGUAACCGCGCCCGUUCCCAAAAAUCCUUCUUGCUCCCCUUUUCUCUCUCUCUUUCUUUCGAACUUUCCAUAUUCCUAUUUCCCCUUCCUGCAAACUCCUCCUCGGAGACGCUUCCUGAACCACCCGCACCCACUCUCUGCUAUACCAGUUACGACAAUGUCGCGUCGCGGUGGUGGCCGGCGUCCGGAUACCGGCCGCGAUCAGCAGCCGCCGUCCCCUGCACAGUCUGGCGGUGGCGGCCGUGGUCGCGGCGGUCGGGGACGGGGAGGCGGAGAUAGCGCCGCCAUUCCGCCGCCGGUUCAAGUUUUUGGUUCGAUCGGCGCUCAGGCACCUUCCCCUGCCUCUGCUUUCCCUGCCCUGGGGAAUCCUUCCUCUUCCCGCCCUGCUCCGCCGCCUGCCAGCGCGCAACCGUCAGCUCGACCGCAAGGAGUUGCGGCUGCUCCUCCUCCGGCGGCGUCGGCGUCGGCGUCGAGUUCGUCUUCCGUACAGCAGCUGGCUGCGGAUGUUCAGGGUAAACUUGUUGUCUCCGAGUCAACGGCGUCCAGAGCUGCGGCGCCGGUGUCCUCGAAGGCCAUCGCUCUGCCGAGGAGGCCCGGGUACGGGACUGUGGGGAGGAAGUGUAUGGUUCGUGCGAAUCAUUUCCUCGUCAAGAUUCAGGACACCGAUCUCCGCCAUUACGACGUCACUAUUACCCCGGAGGUUACUUCGAAGAAGGUCAACAGAGAUGUCAUUUCUACACUGGACAAGUUAUACCGUCAAUCUCAUUUGGGGAACAAAAUGGUGGCCUAUGAUGGUAGGAAAAGUCUGUUCACUGCUGGGGCUCUGCCAUUUGAGUCGAGAGAGUUCGAGGUGAAGUUGGAGUCUGAUAACCAAGCUGGGUCGACUUCUGCUGCCCCUAGGAGGGAAAGAGUGUUUAAGGUGGCAAUCAAGUUUGCUUCCCGACCUGAUAUUGACCAUCUGCGACGGUUCUUAGAUGGCAGGCAGCGGGAUAUACCACAGGAGACCAUUCAAGUUCUGGAUGUGGUUCUAAGACACAACCCUUCCGCACACUAUACUGUGGUUGGGAGAUCAUUGUGCUCCACUUCACUUGGGCCAAAAGGCACCCUGGGGGAUGGUGUGGAGUACUGGAGAGGAUAUUACCAAAGUCUGAGGCCAACCCAGAUGGGACUGUCCCUUAAUAUUGAUGUUUCUGCCAGAUCUUUCUAUGAGCCAGUUCCUGUCAUGGAUUUCAUUUCCAAGAACUUCCGGAUUCAGAACCCAUCCAAGCCUCUAUCUGAACAAGAUUGUAUCAAGCUGAAAAAGGCCAUGAGAGGUGUUAAGGUACAAAUGAACAAUGGGGAGUUUACCAAAACCUACAAGAUCACUGGCAUCUCUAGCAAGCCGGCAAGCCACACAAUGUUUCUUCUUGAUGAGCAGAAUACUACGAUCUCUGUAGCUCAAUAUUUUCAACAAAAAUACAAAAUUCGUCUCCAAUAUCCUUCUUUGCCUGCUCUUCAAGCUGGUCAUGCACCCAAGCUUUUUUACCUCCCAAUCGAGCUGUGCAAGAUUGUUGAAGGUCAAAGGUAUACAAAGAAGCUCAAUGAGCGACAAGUUACUGCUUUGUUAAGGGCGACCUGUCAACGUCCACAUGAAAGGGAAAGGAACAUUGCGAAGGUUGUGGCUGAGAAAAGCUUCAAGGACAGUGAGAUUGUACAGCAGUUUGGCAUUCAAGUUAAGCCACAGCCUGAGCUAAUUGAGGCUAGAGUCCUUAAUCCUCCAAUGCUUAAGUAUCAUGGUUCUGGGAGAGAAGCAAGCGUGAGUCCUCAGAUGGGUCAAUGGAACAUGAUUAACAAGGCUCAUGGAUGCUGGCAAUCAAGAUUUUUCAAUCGAAAUAUCUGCUGUUUGUUGAAAUUGCUAUUUCAUUGGUGUAGUAUGAAGACAUUGUCAGAAAUGCCCGCAUAUAACAUAUUGUUCAUUUUACAGAAAAUGGUCAAUGGUGGAACAGUAGACUACUGGACUUGUCUGAACUUCUCUUCUUUCAACAAUGAUUUCCCAAUUGACUUUUGUGGACAAUUGAUUGACAUGUGCAUCAGCAAGGGGAUGGUUUUUAACAAAAAUCCUCUAGUUCCUAUUCGAUCAGAAAGGCCCCAGCAUAUCGAGAAAGCUCUUUCAGAUGUUCACUAUCAGGCCACUCAACAGGGCAAAGAACUUCAGUUGCUAAUUAUUAUUCUGCCUGAUUUUUCCGGCUCCUAUGGUACAAUCAAGCGAAUCUGUGAAACAGAGCUGGGGAUUGUGACGCAGUGCUGUCAGCCCAAGCAAGCCUCAAAAUUUUCCAAGCAAUAUAUGGAGAAUGUGUCAUUGAAGAUCAAUGUUAAGGUUGGUGGGCGGAACACUGUGCUGAAUGAUGCAGUCCAAAGGAGGAUUCCUCUUCUCACUGAUCGUCCAACCAUUGUUUUUGGUGCUGAUGUUACACACGCACAGCCUGGAGAGGAUUCAACCCCAUCUAUUGCUGCUGUUGUCGCUUCAAUGGAUUGGCCAGAGGUAACCAAGUACAGGGGACUAGUUUCUGCACAAACUAGUCGAGAGGAAAUCAUCUUGGACCUUUACAAGACCUAUGAAGAUCCAACCAGGGGUGUGGUUCAUGGUGGAAUGAUCAGAGAACUUCUCAUAGCUUUUAGAAGAUCAACUGGAGUUAAACCUGAUAGGAUCUUAUUCUACAGAGAUGGUGUCAGUGAGGGCCAAUUCAGCCAGGUUUUGCUACAUGAGGUGGAUGCCAUACGAAAGGCUUGUAUGUCAUUGGAGCAAGGCUAUCUUCCUCGGAUCACCUUUGUGGUGGUGCAAAAGAGGCACCACACUCGUUUCUUCCCGGAAGAUCAUCAGAAUCGUAGCAUGACAGACAGGAGUGGCAACAUUCUUCCAGGCACCGUGGUUGAUACUAAAAUCUGCCACCCAACUGAAUUCGACUUCUACCUUAAUAGCCAUGCUGGAAUUCAGGGAACUAGCAAACCUUCUCACUACCAUGUUCUGUUCGACGAGAAUGGGUUCACCGCUGAUGGACUGCAAGUUCUGACGAACAACCUAUGCUACACAUAUGCUAGGUGCACUCGCUCUGUCUCUGUUGUGCCGCCUGCCUAUUAUGCCCAUCUGACAGCAUUUCGCGCUCGGUACUACAUAGAAGGAAAUGCUUCUGAUGGCAGUUCAUCAGGCGAAAGGAGCGCAACUGGGAUGCCGAGAGAAGUCCAGCCGCUUCCGAAGAUCAAGGACAACGUGAAGAACGUCAUGUUCUACUGCUAGUUCGCUGAGGUUGUAGAUGGCUAGGGGAGCUCGUAAUUACAUAGGAAAAGCUCUCUCAUUUUGACUACUUUUGUGAGUAUGAUAGGCUGACCUGAACAGUUCCAAUUAUCAUAACUCUACUAAGUAUAUAUUUUUGCUAGAAGGGAAACAGUCGAAGUUCUAAGCAGUUUCUGAAAGGAAAGGGAUCCUUAAAUCUUAUAGAUAUAUAUGAUAUUAUCCCAUCUAUUAUGCAAUGCUUGUAAAGGUCCAAAACAGCAGUUAAAUAUAUAGCCGACGACUACUGAAUGUCUAAUGCUCUUGCAAAGCUUCAAAACUGCAACAGUUACUAGCUAGUUGUUGCUUGUCUGGUUGAUAGUGUUCUCUGCUUCCUCGACUUUAGCAGCCAGCGAUUCUGCAGAUUCGAGCAGCACCAGCUGCUCUGCAUGGUCCAACUCCAUCAGAAUCCGAGUAAUUCGAGGCGCUAGUUCGCCCUUGAGCUUCUGAACCAAGGGUAAGAGACGAUCCCAAAUCAUUUCUUCUCGUCGUUGUGGCGUUGCAGCAGCAAGAUGGCUGCUCCAAUCUUCUUCUUCGCUCAGAUUAGAGUCCCUCCUGCUCUUUUCAUCUGGCUUUCCCUGUGGUGGUAGCACCCGGUUUGCAGCCAUCGGUGCAAAACCCGGUCUCCGGAACAUCGCACCGGCGUUACCGAAGCGGCCUUGUCGACGGAAUGGCAAUGGAGGACGGCCCAUGCAGUUGGCAAUGUGAUUUGGUAGCAGAGGCGGAGGGAAGGUGAAGCCCGGCAUUGGAGGGAACCGGGGAGGGAAUGGGAACGGUGGUUGAUGGAGAAACGGCGGCGGCGGCGGAAGGAAAGGAGGAAAGGCGAAUGGUGGAAUGGGGAACGGGGGAGCUGCAGCGUUUCUUUUGGCGUGGACGGCUUCAAGGAACCGUCUCCUUUCUUCUUUGGUUUGGGCUAUGGCGACGUACAGAGGCUUCCCAUGGAACAGACUCCCUGUUGAGAAGGGUGACAGAUUUGGCGGCUUCAUCGACGGUGGACAGACAGACGAACCCAAAGCCUUUGCUUACGCCGUUCUCCGUUCUCAUGAUUCUGGUUGCGACGACACUGCCGAUUUUGCUGAAGUGGUCGCGCAGUUGGGCAUCGUCCACACCGUCGUUGAUGUUCUUCACGUACAAGUUGCAGUUCUUGUAUUUCUGUAACCACUCACUUCGCUGCUCAGAUUGCUGUCGCAGUGACUGUU